AUGUUGGGAAAAAACAAAAAACCAAAAAAAAAAAAAUUUAAAACCACCACCCUCCCUGCACUCACCCAUUCCCCGGACCUUCUUGCCUCUGCCCUCCUGGUCUGGACCUCCCUCAACUCUGACCCAGGGUGGGGGAGGAAGCCAGGGGGUGGGGUGGCCCUGGGGACCUGCUCCAGGUCCCUACCUCCUCUCCCAGUGCCGGGCUGGGUGGGGUGUCAGGUUUAUUUAUGUACCUCUUGCACACUCAUCAACCUAUGCAAGUCCCCCAUCCCGGCCCCUCCAUGUUUCUGUGCCUUUGCUCAUUCCCCUCCAACUCCCAGGGCUUCUCCAAUCCUCCUCCUAGCCCGGGGAAGUGGGAUGGACAGGGGCCACCUCGAUUUUUGGAAUCAGCAGGGUGUCCCUCUUAAGAGACCCUCACCUCCUCCCAGCCAGUCCUGUCUUGUUCACUACCCAUCAGGGUGA